GGACUGCGCCCCCAAAGCUCCGCCGGCCUUGAGGAGAAACCGACGGGAGGGCCUCCCCCGCCCCAGGGUUGCGGCUUAAUGCCGGGGACGGGGACGGCGCCCCCUACCCCCGGCCUUCCGGGUAAGGCGCAAAACCGGGUGUGAAAGCACCUGCCGAACUCGUCAUGCAUCCUAUUUUUAUUAGGAAGAUCAGCAACACAGUCAUGCCUGAGGUAAACACAAAUGAUCUGGAUGAGCAGCAACUGCGGUUGCUGGCAGAGAUGUGCAUCCUGAUAGAUGAAAAUGACAACAGGAUUGGUUCAGAUACAAAGAAAAACUGCCACCUGAAUGAAAACAUUGACAAAGGAUUAUUGCAUCGUGCCUUCAGCGUGUUCUUGUUCAAUAUGGAGAAUAAGCUACUGUUGCAACAGAGAUCAGAUGCUAAAAUCACUUUUCCAGACUGUUUUACCAAUACUUGUUGCAGUCAUCCACUAAGCACCCCACUUGAACUGGAAGAAAAUAAUGCCAUUGGCGUUCGAAGAGCAGCACAGAGACGACUGAAAGCAGAGUUAGGAAUUCCACUGGAUCAGAUCACUCCAGAAGAAAUUGUCUAUCUAACCCGAAUUCAUUACAAAGCCCAAUCCAAUGGAACUUGGGGAGAACAUGAAAUAGAUUACAUCCUUUUCGUGCAGAAGAAUGUAACACUGGAUCCAGAUCCCAAUGAAAUUAAAAGCUGCUGUUAUGUGACGCAAGAAGAAUUGAGAAAACUCCUGGAAAAAGCUUCUCAAAAUGAAAUUAAGAUUACUCCAUGGUUCAGACUGAUUGCAGAUACUUUUCUCUUUAAGUGGUGGGAUAACUUGAAUAAUUUGAAGAGAUGUGUUGAUCCUAAGAUACACAGAAUGUAACAAAACAUGCUCCUCUAAAAUGAAGUAUCUCAAGUUUUUUGUAGUGACCAACUGUUCAUUGAAGCAAUGUAUUUGCAGAUUGAUUGAAACAUAGGAAAUAGGAAUAGACCCAUUAAAAUUGUAGGGACUUAGGUAUUUUAUCUGGCAUUACCUAACUGGCUUGCUCCUGGAGCAAUUUUUCUUCUUUCACUUCUUGGUACUGUGGAGUCCUUGGGGUUCUCCGAGCUUGGUUCUUUUCUUGCAAACAUUUCA